AUGGAGCCAGCUUCAAGACAAAGAAGUGCUGCUUCUCAAGGCAGGCCAAUCCAAAUUGUCACCAACUUUUUCAGGCUGAACCGCACUCCAGCUGGGAAUGUUGGGCUCUAUUUCAUAGAGUUCACCCCUGACGUCGAGGAUAACAAUCGAAGUCUUCGUGACACACUAAUCAAAGGAGCCAAAGAUGCCAUCGAAGCACAGAUAGGUGAAUUUAUGAAAUUAGGGACCAACAUCGCAGCUUUGAGGAUAAAGCAAGAACCUUUUUCAGCAUUUGCUAACUCCCCUCUCCGUAAGCGAACAAAAUAUUUUGUUCUCUAAGAGAGGGAUUAAUUUUUUUAUUUUAAAAAUUAGAAAUAAAUUUUAUAAUAAUUUUUUUUCGAAAUUAAAAAAAUUUUAGUUUGUAAAAUUUAUAUUCUUAAAUGCAAUUUGUUCAAAUUAAGCAGAAUUAGCUCGAGAUUUGAAUAUACAAAUAUCAUUUAUAUAUCAAUUUUUUUCAUAAAAAAUUUUUAUAUUAAAUAAAUAUGGAUUUUUCCAAUGGCUUUGCUCGCUCAAAAGGGGGGAGUAAAAGGAUUUGAAAACGAAGAAUAUACCUUAAAUGUUCGUCUCGUUGGCACAAUUGACAAUUCAAAGCCAGAGCAAUUUAAAAUGUACUCGAAUGUCAUCCUUAAGAAAAUGCUGAAAGAGCUUCAUCAUUUUUAAAUAAAGUGGCAUAGGACUAAUUUAUAAUAUAUCUAGAGCUUUCACUUCUUUCAAUAAUAGGAAAAGAGAAGAAAGGAUAUUAUUAGAACUCUUUAUUUAUAAUUAAAAUUAUUUAGCUUCAUCUACUACAAGUAACUCGUCUUCCGAAAUACUAUGACAGGACUCAAACAUGUCAAGUGCCAGCCCAUCAGCUUGAAGUAUGGAGAGGCUACACUGCUGUAUUUCAGCAUCACUAUGACCAAAUGCUACUAUACCACAACAGUUUAAGCUUGCAAAAUUUAUAUUGCAACCUUCAAAAAUGAUGCUCUAACUUUAUAUAAAAAUUAGUUAUUUUUAUUAAAAAUAAAAUAAGCAAUUUUGAUAAUUUUUUUAGGCUAGAAUAAAUUUAGACUUUGCAAGCAAGAUUAUCCGUAACAUGACUGCUUUAGACAUGAUUAGAGAAAUUGAAGCAAGUGGCCCAAGAAAUCUAGGCCAAGCGCUGGAGAAAAGUAUGGAAGGACUUAUAGUGAUGGCGAGCUAUGGGAACUAUAUGUGCUAUAGAAUUGAAGGCAUUGACACACAAGAAAAUCCCAAUUCGACUUUCCAAGGCAGAGAAGGGCCAGUUUCUUAUAAAAACUACUAUAAAACUCAUCAUAAUGUCAAUAUCAAGGAUAUGAGGCAGCCUUUAAUUAUUACGACUAUUAACAGAGGACAGAAGACAAUCAAGCUAAUCCCUGAGCUUUGUAGGCUCACUGGGAUUUCAGAUGAAAUGAGAAGCGAUUUUAGGGUUAUGAGCGAUAUAGCUGUAUAUACUAGGCUACAACCACAAGAGCGUCUGACAACAAGUCAAACAGUAGCAAACAGAUUAGGAGGAAGAGAAAUGUCUGCAAUUACAAAUAAAUUCUCCUUACCCUAUCUUUAUGAGAUGUAUAUUUAUUUUAUUUUUUAAAACUUUUUUUUUAAAUUUUUUAAGCUAAGAGUUAGUUAGUUAGUAUUAUAUGGCCAUACGUGGGCGAAACCAGCGGACCACGACACCUCAGCUCGAAAGACGACUCCAGGUCGGGUUCUGAUGUGACCAUAUUCCCAAGCCCGACGCCAUCUUGAUUUCUGGUCUGACCACCUGUCCAGAGGAUCAGCUCCUUUGGACAGAACCACUCUUGAAUGAGUGCUCCGAUGGUCCCGAUGAAGGAAGACCAUGUGGUAGGAAAACCUGACUAGCCCAUCUGGCAGGGGCAGGAAAACCUUCGGAGGAGAAAUAAAACUUCCUUUUCGGCACGGCUUUCCCACCUCUGAAGGCCUACUUAAGACAGGGAGCGAGGCCCUAUAUUUCAGCUUCAUCAGAAAUGGGUCCUACCAGCUCUAUAGGAGGUGCGCCUCGGAGUCCUAUUUCCGUCAACGUCACCAUUUUAUUUCUGCUAACUCCCCCUCCCCCCCUCUCCGUGAGUGAACAAAAAAAUUUUGUUCACUCACGGAGGGGGGUUAAUUUUUUUUUUUCGAAAUUCAAAAAAAUCCUAAUUUGCAAAAAUUGGAAAGCAAAUAUUAAUUUAAUUUAUAAAAUUUAUGUUUUAAAAAGCAAUUCGUUUAAAAUUAAACAGAAUGAGCUCUAGAUUUCAUUAUACUAAUUAUCAUUUAUAUAUCAAAAUUUUUUCCAUAAAAAAUUUUUGUUUACUGACGGAGAGUGGGUUUUUGGGCAAAAAAUAGCGAUUUUUCUAAUGGUUUUGUUCACUCACGGAGGGGGGGAGUAAGAGUUAGGAAUUAACCCAGAGCCAAUUACAGUUGAUGCCAUAAGACUUCCUAUGGAAAAAAUCAAAGUGGGUGGGAACCAGUCAAUUGACUUAGACGAUAAAGGUGGAUUUAACCUCAAAGGAAGCAUCCUAACACCUGUAAAUAUUGACACUUGGGCUGUGCUUUCUACACAAAGAGACCAGGAAGACAGAGACAAACUAGUGAAAACUCUUCAAAAUAAAGCUAGACAAAUAGGCGUCACUAUGGGAGCUCCCUAUCAGCUUGACUAUAAUCCUAAAUCACUGCCAAACUUAGUUAGCGCCCUCAACAGACCUCCAGGAGGUCGUCCAGCUCCUCAAAUCGGUGUUAUUCUGCUGCCAGGCAACAUGAGAGACAGAUACCACGAAAUAAAAGAAGCUUCUUGCUUGACAUCAGGCAUUCCGACACAAGUUGUAAUGGGAAAUAGCGUGAGAAACCCUAAAAGAUUUGACUCAAUCAUGUCUAAGCUAGUACUUCAAAUUGCUGCAAAAACUGGAUCUCAUCUAUGGGCACUUGCACCUACCGAAAAUCUGCUAAUGAAAACAAUGGUCAUUGGAAUUGAUGUUUUCCACGACACCGUGAAAAAGUCACAAAGCGUUGUAGGAUUUGUAGCAUCUAUCCAUCCUGCAUUUACUCAAUACUAUAACAGUGUAAAGCUGCAGCCUAGAAGCGGAGAAGAGAUUGCAUCCUCUGUGAGCGGCUGUCUAACUCUCCUGUCUGAAGAUUAAUAUAAAUUUUUUUUUUCUAUAAAUUAAGAUUUAAUAAUUAUUUUUUUUCUAUAUGAUAAAGGACUAAGAGAAGCACUUGUUGCCUUCUUCGAAAAUACCAAAAGAAGAUUCAUGCCUGAGCAUGUCAUUGUGUACAGAGAUGGUGUUGCAGACUCCCAAAUAGAAGCUGUUAGAAUAUUCGAGGUAGAAGGAAUGAAAAAAGUUAUAAACAGCUUUGAAGAUUACCAUCCGAACUUCACUUAUAUUAUAGUGAAUAAAAAGACUAAUGCAAAGCUCUAUGCUCCAUCUAAUAGAGGAAUAGGUAAUCCAUUGCCAGGAACUGUUGUGAAUUCUGUAGUAGUUCCAGACCCUAAUUCUUUCUAUUUAAUUGCUCACUCAGUCACUCAAGGCAUGGCAUCUCCAACUCUAUAUAGAGUUAUUGAAAACACCUGCCCUGUAAGGGAAACAGAUGUUAUGACUUAUGCAAAACUUGCAUUCAAGCUGUGCUACAUGUACUACAACUGGAGUGGAGGAAUUAAAGUCCCAGCACCUACAAUGAUGGCUCACAAGCUGGCUUUUAUAGUCGGCCAAAGCGUCCAUGAAGACUAUCUACAAUCUAUCAAGCUACAACCAUGGUUUUAUUAA